AUGUUUACCAAAAAAUAUGACCGCCUCGACGUUGACGACGUCGAGUCCACUCAGCGACUUACUUCCAAAGACCACCCCUCUGAGGAAACACUCUAUGAAUUCCCAUUCCGCUCUUGGGAGAGACCAAAAAGUUACAAAACGAUCGUCGGCUACACGCUCGUAGCUACAAUUUGGUCGCUGUUGUUCUUUACCGCCGGCGUUCUCACCAACCGGGCUUUCAGCCACUGUGGGUUCGAGCGAGGAUUCCCUACGGACUUGGACCCAUUAAAGUCCAUGCUGGCGACUGAGACAGUGAGGUUCCAAGGCCAGCUGUACUUUGCUGAUAAUGGUACUCUGUUGGAAAAGGGCCAUGACGGCAUCCAAUACACCGGCGAUCCCUCCGACGAACUCGACAAUGCAUGGAAGAAGCUCUUACAAGUUGACGCGGUGGACCUGAUUGAGUCUGAAGCAGACACCGUCCGUGGCAAAACCAUCCUCAAAGAGAGCGGCCACUCAGUAGUAGGCGUGUCCGUCUUCCACCAGCUACACUGCUUGAACAUGAUCCGACAAGCGGCUUGGCCAGACUUGUACAAGACUGGUGAAUCAGAGCGUGGAUACCGCAUGCAUCUCAAUCACUGUGUCGACUAUCUCCGGCAAAUCAUCAUGUGCAAUGUCGACAUUACACCGAUGACGGCGAGCUGGAGCACGGUGGCGAACCGCCCCGUCAGUAACUUUGAGACGCUGCACACAUGCCGCAACUUUGACAAGGUCAAGGAGUGGGUGGUAGCGCGCAGUGGACACAAGCACCCUCUGCCAUAUGCGAAGAAUAAGCCAAAGCCAGUUUUCAAGUGGCCUGACUUGCAUAUCGGAGCGGACGGCAAGCCCAUCAACACGCAUAGUGGUAGCACACAUAGUGGUAGCAAUCAGCCAGCCACCGAAGCCUAG